CCGCGCCGAGAGCGAGCACUCCCAGCGUUAGCGCUGGAAGUCCUCCUCUUGAUGCUAACCGCCACCUCGAUCCUCACUCUGGCAGCCACCGCCUGCGCGCAACCACACCUCAAAUGUGUUGGCACUUCCCAACGGAAGUGCCAAACACGGACUGCCUUAGGACAGCUGAACCUUACCGGGUUCAGCUGAAGGAUCGACCGGUCAGUACCGACCGCCAUCUCGCGGUCGAUACUCCCUCUGGCGACGACCAGUCGCGUGCGACCGCUGUCCAGGAAGAUGUGCACUCCCUGCCGGAAGUGCAAGGCUCCGGACCUCUCGAGAUGACUGAACCGCGGGCGGUUCAGCUGACAAGUCCGCGGCAAGACAUCGACCGGUUCUACGAACAGGUCGAUAUUGCUCAUCCUCAGGACAACCACGAACGCCCGGUCGGCGGGGCAGAUACGCGCGCUGUCCCAAGGGACACGCAAACUCGCGUUCGCGGACGACUCGCUGAACUAUCCCUAGUUCAGUUAGCGGCGCUCAACGACCUGGCACCUCACGGUACCAGACCGGCGGCUCCUCCUUCUACGGCCACUCUCCUUGACUCUCGCGACCCCGCUUCUGACUCGAGAAGCCCUGUUCUCGGCACUGGCACCCUCUGUUCGACUCUCGACGGUUCCGGCGACACGCAACAAAGCCGCGCGGCCCAGGACUCGCACGACGCGCGUGCAAGUCCAGCGCCGAGCAACAAGGUCGAGAAGAACGUACAGAACGGGGAGCGAACAGGAACCAGGGAGAUUAGGAAGAGAGAGGAGGGGGAAGGGUACGGGGCGAGCAAGAAGAACGAGCACAGAGGCUCAAUGAACGCAGCACACGUAUCGACGACCAUAGAGGUCGUCGUGCGUGCCGCAGGCCAUGAAGAUGGCACUUGUGUGCCGCGGGACGACCGGAUGGUCGUACGCCUUGCUCUGUUAGGCAGCACGGUCGCACUACGGGACGACCUCGCGAUCGUACCGUAUAUUCCGCUAGGCGGCACGACGAACGCGUCGCAAUACACGCCCGACGUGCCCCAUCUAGCAUUCACCAGCCGUCGCGUAGCGAGUACGCCGAGCCGUUCGCUCGACGUGCAUGCUACCGGCCAGCAGCAAGGCUCGAAGCUCGAAGUGCCCGAGCCAGCACACGUCUCGACGACCGCAGGGUCCGCUGUAGGUGUAGCUGGCCGAGAAGACGGCAUGGUUGUAUUGCGGGACGACCUAAGGGUCGUGCCCUCCGCUAUUCUUGAGGACGGAAUGUCUGUUGUGCACACUACCGGCCACGAUGAUCGCACGAAAGCGAUACGGGACGACCUGAUGGUCGCCCUCUCCGACUUUCAAGGGAAUACGCCUGUGAUACGGGACGACCUCGCGGUCGUACCGUCUGUUCCGCAAGGCGACAUGACGGACGAGCAGCAUUGCUCAUUCGACGUGUCCCAGUCAUCUGUACACACUACCGGUGAGUACAGAGUGUCGAGAAGAAAAAGUACGCCCUCAGCGGACGUACUUACCUCGACAUCUGCCAUGCCUACGUUAGCGUGCGUAACGGCGAAUGUAGAGCCUGUCGUGCGCAACGCCCGCGACUCGUCGGGCCACCGUCUCUUCAUCUCCGCUCCAUGAUCACAAAUGAUCAUGGAGACGACAGCACGUCCACAGCUCGGGACGACCUACAGGUUGUACCGGGAUCC